GGAGACAGCUGGGUCUGCGCAAGUGCAGCGUUGCCGAUGUAAGGUCUCUGUUUUCCUGGGCCUGAGACAGCAACAGAGGAGUUCGAGAAGAGACGUGACACGGCCUGGCUUCGGCUUUAGGAGACAGAGAAAUGCAGCUGAUUGUCCCGGUACAAGCCCCUUCUGAGUGCGUGUGCACUCCUGGGAUUCCCGAGGCUCCCUAAGGAGGAAGGUCUGGUGAUCCCCUACUCUGCCCGGGCGAGAAGGCCUUCAUCUCCCAAAGCAGGGCCACACAAGGGCAGGGAGGAACCCCUGGCCCAUUGGAGCUUUAUCUGCUAAGUGGGCACCUUCCCACCCCAGAGCCAGCACCCAGGACCCUUCACUUCUGGGCUGGCUGCCAGGCCAUGGCAGCACCUGGAGCUGCCUGAAUGCCCAGGACGUGCUCAUGUCCACCCUGUCAUCCUGUAGAUCUCCAAGUGUUUGUGCUUUGCUAAGUGUACAUUUGGGAUUUUCUGCUUACCUCCCCGCUUACACUUAGACACCGUCUGUUCACCCCAUCCAUUCCCUGCUUCCUAUGUGCUAGACACACAUGCUUUUCUAGGGUGGCAUUUGCUUGGCACCAGGUGGGUGCUCCAUAUGUGUUUUUAGAAUAAAGGGGAAAGCACUCAGGCCCCGUGCUUAGAGAAAAGCAGAGGAUUACACCAGGACUUGAGUGAUGGAUGAGCAUUGAACAGUGCGAGGAGGAGGAGGUCAUUUUCAGCAAAUGCUCACAAGCAGGAUGCAUUCAGAGCCCAUGAGUCACUCACUCAGCAUGGAGGGUGGCUCUGGGUGUUACAGCAAGACUAUGGGGGAGCUCGUGAAUUCCAAGGGGUUGGGUCGUUGUCCUGUGACAUGACAAAAUCCAGGUGUUUCCAAAAUAUUAAUCCAGCAGAAGGAUAGACUGAAGGAAAGGAAUCAGAAAGCCAGGAGUUUGGUUUACAGUCCUUUGUUGCAGACUUGUAUGUACAUUGCAUGAGUUUCUAAACCCUGUGAUGGGAAGAAAGGUGUGACCGCCAACAGCCUUGGUCGGGGGUGAAAGGACACGAGCUGGACCACAGUGAGGGUGCUGCAUUUCAUCCUGGCAAGAAUUCUGCCCAGCUGUGGCUUUCUGUCCUCCGUCUACAACUGGGAGAAUACUGGAGACAUCAGAUGUCGUGUAAGGACUAAGAACGAACCCUGGAGAGGCUUAGCAUCUGGGUGCUAUUUGUAGAGGUGUGCUGGGUAACAUGUACUAGAGUCUUUCAUUUUGAAGAACCUGCUGGAUAUGACUAGAAAAGUAAAGGAGAAAAAAACUCCAGGACUGAUCGAUGAGAGAACUGAAAAGUGGCCCUUUUCAGUGUCACAGUGGGCACUGGGACUGCAUGUCCCCAGGGGCCUCAAACUCCAGAGCUCACCUUCCCUUGAAUACACAUCCAGUAUGGCCCAAGCCCACGCAUACUACAGGGAGUCCAGCCUGCCUGGAGUGCCCCCUCACUAGUAUUUAGGACACCCCAGGGAAGGUUGGCCUGUCCUCUAUUUCCAGAGGCAGCCCUUUAUCCCCUGUGGCCACCUCUUCACCCAAGUACCCGGGGGACUUCAUCAAGCACAGCACACAUCAGACUGUAAAGUUUAACCAAACCUUAUGGAGGCUGUGGGAAUUACAAACAACUAAAUUCAGAAAAGGCAAGGGUUGGCCGGGCGCGGUGGCUCACGCCUGUAAUCCCAGCACUUUGGGAGGCCGAGGCGGGUCGAUCACCUGAGGUCGGGGGUUCGAGACCAGCCUAACCAACAUGGAGAAACCCCAUCUCUACUAAAAAUACAAAAUUAGCUGGGUGUGGUGGUGUGUGCCUGUAAUCCCAGCUACUCGGGAGGCUGAGGCAGGAGAAUCGCUUGAACCCAGGAGGCGGAGGUUGCAGUGAGCUGAGAUCACCCCAUUGCACUCCAGCCUGAGCAACAAGAGUGAAACUCCAUCUCAAAAAAAAAAGAAAAAAGAAAAGGCAAGCGAAGUCUCAGAAGAGGGUCCUCAGUGCCUACCCACUUCUUAGUCCCCUGCUGUCUUCUGCCACACUAUAGGGACCUGCUUUUCUUUCACAGAUUUGGGGUCCCCUCCUCCUGCCCUCAGCCCCACUCCCUUGGCCCCAGAGACAGUAGGAGACCCUCUGCUCCCCUGAGCCCGGGCCUGUCUCGCAUUUCCCAUGGAGAUGAGCAACAAGGGGAAACAUGGGUCUUAAAGAACUUUCCAUUCCACCCCCCACCACCUUGGCAAGGCAGCCAGAUGCAUCUCCGAAGUCCAGCUCACUCAGGCCAGCUCUCUUCACAGCCUGUCUUCCAGCGAGAGGCAAAGCAGAGAUCAGACCUGCACGUGCUCUUCAUGGCAGAGCUGGCCUUAUACGCGUUCCUGGGUGAAUAAACAGGGAGACAUCUCCUAAGAACAAAUGCUUCUCAGAAACAGUAUAGUCUAAACUCAUAUUGAAGGGAAAAUAAGCCAGCCACGGGCUGGAGAGACCCCCGCCUACAUUACUAAGUAACAGGAAAGGCUAAGAUUUGGAGCCUUCCUCCGGUUCAGAUCUAUCCCUGGAAUGAUGGAAGAUGCUUGCCUGUUGACAAUUUUUUUUUAUUAAAAAUCCCACCCAGGAGGUCUCUCCUGAUAGGAAGGGACCAUCCUCUAAGGCAAAUUCCAACUUCUUCCCUGAAAUGUACAUCCACUACUGAGCCUCAGAAUGCUAUUUGUUCCACCUACUUCCACAGUUUUAAGGUCUUCAGCAACAGGAGAAGACAGCAGGAAAACUUGAAGUGCAGUUGGCUCCCACUGAGAUAUCACUAGCAGAAAAAGGAAACACAAGGAAAAGGCAAGAUUCUAAAGACAGAGGUGACACCUUCUGCUCCAAACAUUUGGAGGGUCACCUUUCCAGAAGUCAGACUCGAAGUCCUGAAUUCUGGCAUGAAUGAGUUCUACAUGUAGGGGGUGGCCUGGAAAGAUCUUAAUUUGUAAGAUGGCAGGUAAGGGGCCUCCAGUUGGAGAAUCUUGCCACCUGAUUCUCAAAGCCAAAAAUAUCCUACUGUCUGAAACAUGAGGUCUUGAGUAGUUCAACUUGACCCAUGCAGACAUAAUUUGAGAGACGCCAAGGAGGAUUAGGAAAAAGUGUAUCUGGUCUUACUCAGCUCUGAACAUUGCAUGAGUCAAACGUUUUCCUAGCUCUCUGUUUGUGUAAUGGGUCCACUCUGAUGGAUUCUUGGCGAUGUAUCUUUCAUGACCAAAAUUCAAAGAGGCCAUUUGAAGUGGCUCCCACAAAAGCUGCUGCAGAGCCCCAGACAUUCGGAAGCCAAUAGUGAAGGGGCCAAAAGCCAACCCUCAAUGUUCACUGACACUUUGCGAGCCUUGGGGCAAGUUGGCGACGUCAAAACGUGUUUUUAGGGCAUGUUUGUCAACAUACAGAUCUUGGGCAGGAUUGCAGGCCUCUGCAGAUGGUACCAAAGUAAAGGGAGAGAUGGUAGCUGAAUAAUCUCUCAUCAUCCCUAAAGUGCAAAGUGAAAUGAGAGUGGAUUUUUCCUUCCAAAUCCACUUGGAGUGAGUCCCGAAAGACUCACUUUUGCGGCAAUCCCCACAAUGACAUCACUGGAGUGGAGGUUAUAUAAUUUAAAGCGACCACAUCUCCACAGCACUUCCCAGAAGAGAAAACUCCUCCAAAAGCAGCUCUCACUAUCAGAAAACCCAACUAAAGUUGUGAACGCCUUCAUUUUCUGCCUGAGGUCUCAGUCUGUCGGCCCAGACUGAAGUGCAGUGGCACAAUCAUAGCUCGCUGCAGCCUCGACCUUCCAGGCUCAAACGAUCCUCCCACCUCAGCCUCUCGAGUUGCUGGGACCACAGGUCACUGUGCAUGGCAUCAUCCUGGCCCCCUCUAGAGCUCCAAUCCUCCAACCAGAGCCAGCUCUUCCCUCAAAAUGCUACGGCCUGUGACAAUGCUCCGGAAGCCUGGGGCCUGCUACACAGAGUGCUGCCGACAUUUAUCAUCUCCAUCUGUUUCUUCGGCCUCCUAGGGAACCUUUUUGUCCUGUUGGUCUUCCUCCUGCCCCGGCGGCAACUGAAUGUGGCAGAAAUCUACCUGGCCAACCUGGCGGCUUCUGAUCUGGUGUUUGUCUUGGGCUUGCCCUUCUGGGCAGAGAAUAUCUGGAACCAGUUUAACUGGCCUUUCGGAGCCCUCCUCUGCCGUGUCAUCAACGGGGUCAUCAAAGCCAAUUUGUUCAUCAGCAUCUUCCUGGUGGUGGCCAUCAGCCAGGACCGCUACCGCGUGCUGGUGCACCCUAUGGCCAGCCGGAGGCAGCAGCGGCGGAGGCAGGCCCGGGUCAUCUGCAUGCUCAUCUGGGUUGUGGGGGGCCUCUUGAGCAUCCCCACAUUCCUGCUGCGAUCCAUCCAAGCCGUCCCAGAUCUGAACAUCACCGCCUGCAUCCUGCUCCUCCCCCAUGAGGCCUGGCACUUUGCAAGGAUUGUGGAGUUAAAUAUUCUGGGUUUCCUCCUACCUCUGGCUGCGAUCGUCUUCUUCAACUACCACAUCCUGGCCUCCCUGCGAGGGCGGGGGGAGGUCAGCAGGACAAGGUGCGGGGGCCACAAGGACAGCAAGACCACAGCGCUGAUCCUCACGCUCGUGGUUGCCUUCCUGGUCUGCUGGGCCCCUUACCACUUCUUUGCCUUCCUGGAAUUCUUAUUCCAGGUGCAAGCAGUCCAAGGCUGCUUUUGGGAGGACUUCAUUGAUCUGGGCCUGCAGUUGGCCAACUUUUUUGCCUUCACUAACAGCUCCCUGAAUCCAGUAAUUUAUGUCUUUGUGGGCCGGCUCUUCAGGACCAAGGUCUGGGAACUUUAUAAACAAUGCACCCCUGAAAGUCUUGCUCCAAUAUCUUCAUCCCAUAGGAAAGAAAUCUUCCAACUUUUCUGGCGGAAUUAAAACAGCAUUGAACCAAGAAA